AGGGGUCACCUCAGCAUGACCUAAGAUGUUGACCAAUCAGAACGUCGCCUAGUAAAGCUUCGGUACGGUUUGGUUCUAUCGGAACUUACGUAUCUUUUCUAACGAGUCCCGGUAAAUCCGAGUAAGCAAAACAACAUGGCGGCGGCCAUAGUCUCCUCGCCGAGAACACCACAAAGGGUGUACAGCCUGACUAAUAUAUGUUGUUUGUGUGGCUUUUCUUUUGUUGUGAAGGAGAUAGAUAAAGAGGGCAAUGUUCAGUUCAAGAAAUUAUUCCGAUUGAAAUUAAAAAUGACAGACGAAAAACGAAAUGUGAUUCAGCAAGUGAUACCCAUAUCUUCAAGUGCUGAAGGAGUAUGUGUGAAAUGUUUCGGUAAGAUUGAAAAAAUAAUUAAGUAUAGACGGGAAAUUGAUGGCAUUAUAUCACACUUUGAAGAAAGCAUGAGGAGAUACAAGUUGAAAACAACACCAAGAUCAACAGCAAGGAAAAAACGACUGCUUCGAUCACCAGAGGUGUCUGCACCAGAACUGAAGAACACAUGCAGGGCAGACAUUACCAAUACACACCAUAAUGUCACUCAACCAAUUCACACAGGUCACAAGUACACAGACAUCAAGCCAGCAAGGAAGUCCCUAAAGUUUGUUGAUGAUGUUCGUACAGUUCAAAAUUCCAAAGAAGAGAUGCAACAGGAUUCCUCAGUCUGUUCAGUAACCCAACAUCAAAGAAAGCUAGGGGAUUGUCUAGUUGUAGUAGGGGUGAAUAAAAAAGAUAUUAUACUUAAGAAGGUUCGAUCCUGUGCUUUUGAACAGAUUUUUAUUCCUGAAGAUAUUCCACCUAGUAAACUUAUUCAUUCCAAGGAGUUAGUAAAACCACUCUUAGAUGGCACUGUUGAGGUUGAAGCACUUUCUGAUGAUGUUAUAAUUUUCAUGUAUUUUGAUGUGAUAUAUAAUUAG